CCCCUGCACCCAGUCGAAAGUAACAUGUGGUUAUAGACUUCCUGUUUGAAGUUGCCCGACUUUGACAUGCUGUCAUACAAAACACACAGAGAGACCAACAACUCACAGGGGUAGGACGAUAAGAUUAACUCUGUGAAAACACUUUAGAUCAGAACAUGGCUGAGGCGAUUCACCCCCGACAGAACAUGAUGACGAAGGCCAGGUAUACACAAGGAGAGAGAGAGGAGAGGAUAGUGGACAUCUACGCUAGCCUGGAGAGCCUCAGAGAUCAACAGCAGCACUCUGUGGGGACAGAGGAGUCCUCCAAGUCUCUGGGAACAGGAAGAAGUCAGCGGCCGGACGCUGUGAGCCCUACCAAGUGUCAGAUCUGGGCAGUGAUGGUGCUUCUGGGCCUGCUGUCUGUGGUAAUGCUGGCUAGACUGAUUGGGUUGGCAGUGCAACACAAGAAGACUGCAAGCAUGGAAAGAGACAUAGAGCAACUUCUCCUAACGCUGAAGAAUCUGACGGAACAGAGAGACGCACUGCUCUGUAAACAGGAAUGUCCAGGUGGUUGGAAGAAGUUUGGUUGUAAAUGUUACAAGACUUCCUAUACGUAUCAAUCCUGGAAUAAGAGCAGGGGCUUCUGUGUUUCCCACGGAGCAGAUCUGGUGGUUGUGGACAGUAAAGAGGAGAUGGACUUCAUUAGCCGGUGGUACAACGGGUACUUCUGGCUCGGAGCGACAGAUGCGGCCGGUGAAGGGACGUGGAGAUGGGUUGAUGGGACCGUCCUGUCACUGGAUGACCCCUUCUGGAGUGGAGGGGGACCUCAAGGUGGUGGGGACAAGAACUGCUUAGGGAAGGUCUGGGAGCAGAACCAAUAUAAAUGGGAAGAUAGGAGCUGUGAGGAUCCGAACCAGGCAUUUUGUGAACAUAAUUUAAUGAAAUGAUUGUUGAAAACAUUUCUUUGUGAGUAAUUUUUACAUCUUAAUGCCAACAGAUGUUUGCGUUUUUUUCAAAAAGUUUUGGGUUCCUCAAAUCUAUAAUAGCUGUGAUAGGCUUUAAGGUGUUCCUUAAAAGGAGAUGGCAUGAAUACCUCACUGGUCACUGCAGGAGCUGUAAAUAGAUGCUGCUCUUGUUACUUUUUUAUUUUUCAAUGUUUCUGAGGUUAGGUGGUAAAGAGGUAAAGAGUCAUGACAGUCAUUGGCUGAUAUUCAGUUGCCGCAAACCACACCAGUUCCCUAUCUAGGGCUGCCUGUGUCCCUUUAACGGUGUGGAUAUCACCCUACAAAAGAGGAAAUAGGAUCUUUAUAACGAAUGUGUGGUAGACGUAAAAUUAUUUAUUUUUUAUGUUGAAUUGUAUCUUGACUUUGCUACCAUUUAGUGUGAUCAAUGUAAAACACUUGUAUAUUAAUUCUCUAGUUGUUCUCCGGUGUUCAGAGGGAACAGUAGACUUGUGUCCUGGUGCCUGAAUAGGCUUGUAGGUCUGCACUUGGACUGUUUUAGCAGCUCAACAUUGAACUGAUCUUUGAUUUGCUUUUUGACUGAAGGUUUCUUUUGCCAAUCCACAAUUUCUUCAGCUUCCAUUCUUUAAAUUUCAGCGUUUCCCCUGACUUUUUCCUUUCAUAUAUUUUAAUCAUUGGUACCAAACAUAAAAUAAUAUCUCACUCGAAACAAAUUGUAUAUUAAACCCACAUUUGAAAUCAUCCAA